AUGACCUCAGCAAACGCGAAGAUGCGUGCCGUAGCCGUCACCAAGUAUGGUGAUAUCAACAACCUCCAAAGCAUCGAAGUACAGAAACCCUCGAAUCCGGAAGGCCACGACAUUCUGGUUCAUGUCAAGGCAUGCUCUGUGAACCCAGUCGAUACAAAGGUCCGACGAGGUGUGUACGACGACUAUCCGGACUACUAUGACCGAGCGCCCAAGCCUCCGCAGAUACUUGGUUUCGAUGCUGCAGGUGUGGUCGAGAGUGUCGGUCCAGAUGUCAGGAACUUCCAAGCCGGCGACGAAGUCUUCUAUGCCGGAUCACCCAUCCGUCAAGGCAGCAAUGCUGAGUAUCAGCUUGUCGAUUCAAGAAGCGUGGCUCUCAAACCAAAGAGCUUAGAUUGGGGGCAAGCAGCCAGCAUGCCUCUAACGUGGAUCACCGCCUGGGAAGCGCUGUUGGAACGUAUGGAGAUUCAGGAAAACGAGAAUGUCGGUAUUCUCAUCGUCAACGGUGCAGGUGGUGUAGGAAGUGUGGCAAGCCAGAUUGCCCGACACGUACUGAAGCUUCCUGUUGUGGUAACAACUGCCUCCAGGGAAGAGACCGUGAAGUUCUCGAAAUAUGUCGGAGGCGCCACUCACACUGUCAACCACCGCGAGGACUUAGUCAAGCAGGUUGAAAACUUGAAACUGGAUGUUCCUAUCAAGUAUGUCUUCAUGACGCACACGCCAACUUCAGGCUACCUCGCACCUGCCGCCAAAAUCCUGGCUCCGUUUGGAAAGGUUUGCUCGAUCGUCCAAGACCAAGAAAUGCCGAUGUAUGGGACAGAGUUCAUGGCGAAGAGCUUGACCUUUGUGUGGGCGCUGCUGGGCACUAAGCCAUAUUAUGGCGUUCAGCCAGAGAGCCACGGCAAGAUCUUGGAGAGAUUGAAGGAGUUGUUGGACAACAACGAGGUGAAGUGUCAUAACACCCAGAAGCUAAAGGUUGACGAGGAAGGCGUAAGGAAAGCUCAUGAGAUUAUUGAGGGCGGAAAAGCUAUUGGUAAGGUUUCUUUGGAAUUCUGA